CAUGUGAAGAAGCCAAGUGGUGGGACAGCGGAGUUUGCUCGCGGUGUCCCGGGCUGUGCGGUGCCAGUUUUUUUUUUCUGUUUGUUUAUUUGUUUGUUUUGUUUUGUAAACCGUCAUGAUCGUCUGCGUUUUGGCGCUCGGGCUGUUGUCGUCUGCGCUGGGCAGACAUCUGCAGGAUGGAAGCGUCUCGUCCCGGGCCGGGAGGCUGCGUGGAGAGCCCGGUGAUGCUGCGGAGCGACAUGGCUCGGAGAGGAGGGAGCUGUCGAGGCGCAGCGCCGGACUGAAUGAGCAGACAUGCACGGCUCUGCGCGGAGUGGAAUCCGCGCUGCGGAACAGCACCAGCACUUAUAUGUUCAAAGUGCGCUCAAUGAGCUCACUCUCGCUUGCCUGGGUGGGAGACGGAUCAGGGGUGCUCUUGGUUUUAACAACGUUUCAUGUGCCGUUGUUCUUAAUGCGAUUUGGCCAGUCUAACCUCUACAGGAGUGAAGACUACGGGAAGACGUUCAAAGACGUGACUAAUGUGAUCAACCACACUUUCAUCCAGACAGAGUUUGGCAUUGCCAUCAGUCCGGAUCAUUCAGGAAAGGUGAUCCUGACUGGCGAAGUGUCGGAGUUCGGUGGGUUUCGACUUUAUCGCUCGCGGGACUUUGGUCUGACCUUUGAACCGACGGAUCUGCCGUUUGUGCCCCUCAUUCAGAUGCUGUACAACCCCGGGGACUGCAACACACUUCUGACACUCAGUAUCACGAUGGACCUGUGGCUGUCUGAUAACUUUGGCGCCACCUGGAGGAAAAUACACAACAGUGUGUGUUUGGUCAGAUGGGGUCCAAGAAACAGCAUCUACAUAACAACCAACACUAACGGAUCAUGCAAAGACAAAGGGAUGCUAGAUUUAAAGAAAACAUUGGACUACGGCAAAACGUUUCACACAAUUGCAUCCAGAGUUUACUCCUUUGUCCUUGGAGGAAAAUUUGUCUUUUCGUCCAUCAUGACCGGGAUGGGUACAGAGCGUGUGAUCCAUGUCUCUGUAGACGGCGGGGAUCACUGGAACAUUGCUCAGCUUCCCGCUGUCGACCAUCAGCAGUUCUACUCCAUCCUUGCAGCCAAUCAGGACAUGAUCUUCAUGCACGUGGAUGACCCCGGAGACUCGGGCGUUGGAACCAUCUACGUGUCGGAUGACAGUGGGACUGUCUUCUCCAAGUCACUGGAGCGGCAUCUCUACACAACCACAGGACGCGACACAGACUUCACCGCCAUUUCUUCCCUGCGGGGCGUCUACAUGACCAGCAUACUCACAGAGGAGGGUAACAUAGAGACAGUGAUCACAUAUGACCAAGGAGCCAAGUGGCAGCCACUGCGCAGACCCCAGAACACCGACUGCGAUGCUGAGACCUCCACCAACAGACCAAGCAGAUGCAAGCUUCACAUAUAUGCCUCGUACAGCACAGCCAUGAAAAUGAACGUUCCCGUGCUGCCGCUCUCGCAGUCCAACGCGGUCGGUCUCAUCCUGGCUCACGGCAGUGUUGGAGACUCAGAGUCUGAUCUGGCUCCUGAUGUGUACGUGUCUGAUGACGGGGGCUACUCAUGGCUGCGGGCUCUGAAGGGAGCCCAUCAUUACGCGAUCCUGGACUCUGGAGGACUGCUGGUUGCUGUGGAGCACACCAACUCACCUAUCAACCAGAUAAAGUUCUCCACAGAUGAAGGCCAAUGCUGGCAUACGUAUAACUUCACCAGCGACCUGCUGCACUUCAGCGGCAUGGACAGCGAGCCUGGCUCUCGCUCCAUGAACGUCAGCCUGUGGGGCUACAGGAACGACUACACCAAAUGGGUGGUGAUCACCAUAGACUUUAGGAAGCUCCUCUCCAGGGACUGCAAUGAGAGGGACUAUGAAGAGUGGCUGGCUCACUCUGCAGACCCCAGUGGUUCGAAUGACGGCUGCGUGAUGGGCUUCAGAGAAACCUUCUUACGCCUGAGGAAAGAUUCAGUGUGCUGGAAUGGAAGAGACUUCGCCAUCACCAAGAAGCACUUGCCUUGUCCUUGCUCAGCAGCAGAUUACCAUUGUGACUUUGGUUACUACCGGCCGGAGAACAAGUCGGAGUGUGUGGAGCAGGAGGAGCUGGUGGGCCACGCUCUGGAGUUCUGUUUGAAUGGGACGACUGAGCAGCUGCAGACCAGUGGAUACCGGAAGGUUCCUGGGAACCAGUGUGAAGGAGGUUUUCAGCCGGAGAGAAAGGAGAUCGACUUAAGGAGGUUGUGCAUCAGUGACGCCCUUCAUUCCAAAUCUCUGACCGACAGCGGUUCACCCAACGCUGCUGUCAUCGUGAUGGCUGUCAUGGCGAUACUCCUGGUGAGCGUCCUCACAGGUGUCUGGCUGGUGAAGAAGUACGUCUGUGGUGGAAGGUUCCUGGUUCACCGAUACUCUGUGAUGAGGGAACACGUGGAAGCAAACAAAAUCGAGGGAGUAGACGACGUCGACACCAACUACAUGGAGACAGACAAAACGCAGUUCAACGAUGACCCAGAUCAAGAUCUCUUGGAGUAAAAUUUAUCCAGAGUUGAGGCUUUCAAGAUGGCUGAGAAUUCCUGUUGCUCCAACAUUCUCAUUUUUUUAACGUGUGCUUCUCGCUUCUCGCUGGAUGGAUGACCCUGCAGCAACUCGUGUUGAUAUGUCGCAUGAUUGUGUCAGAUUUGGCUUCUUAAAUAAAAGGGGUAAAUGGUCUGGUUCAGAAAAUAAAAGCCUUCUGAACAAAUGGGCCUGCCAGGACGUUUAAGGGAGCAAACAGGCAACAGAAAACACAACAGAAGCAGCCUUUUACGUCCAGAGAUGUUGCCUGCUGUCAUUUUAGUACGUAGUAAAUGUAAAACCUGCCAGAUACAUUUCUGUGGCAUAUGGAGUAUGUCAUCACCAAAUCUUCAGACUACUCACUUUUCUGGAGUUUCUUAAUAGUUAGAUGUAUUUUUUUUUAAAUAAGCUAUUUCUAUUUUAUCAGAAGCAACUGUGAGCAGUAUUUUGUCAUCUUAUCCUGACUUUUAGCAAUGUGUGGCUCGUUAUUUUGACUAUCUUUGCUAAGAGUAAAAGUCUUUGAUUCUUGCAGUAAGUGAUACAGUUAACAUACAAACUCUUCAAGUUGCUCCAGUGACUUUUAGGUUCAAAAUGAUAAGAAUAUUGUAUGAAUACGGUUUCAUUUUGUUUCCAUCGGCUAAAGAAAUUAUGUUUAAAUUGUCAAAAGAAUUUAAAUUCAAGUUUGGAAAAUGUUUAUUCAUUUUUUAUAAAUAUGUACUUAUCAAUAAAUUUCUAAUAAUGACCACUUUUCCAAAAAUAGCUGUAGUAGAUCCAUUUUCAAAGUAGAAAAAACACAGUUUGGCCCGUUAAGUGACAUGUGGGGCCAGUAAAAGUCAUGUAAUUAACGUGCUGGGACUAUGUCUGCAGUAUGUGUCAUUGUUAAACACAUUAAAGGUAAAGGAUUGGGAAUGUAUUAUUUGUAAAUUGCGAGCCAGAUGCUAACAUUCUCUUUCAUCCAGGUGUUUUGAAAUACCACACAUUUGUCGGCAUCUUGGCUGAAAAAUAUGUGAAAAGUUUCAAAAUAAAUGUGUUUGGUUGCAAUAGAAGGAUGUUUAUACAUAAAAUGAGUCAAAAUCUAACUUGUUUUGUGUAAUUUUAUUCAAUUUGGGAAAAGAAUUCGGUGUUAAGAAAUCAUUUUUAGACAAGUCACUUAAAAAAAACUGUUUUACAGGAAUAUUUCUGACUCCAGAAGAAUUCCUGUAAAACAGAUGUAACAGAAGAAUUUUUUUUUUAAUUUAAACUUUUACUUUAAAUUAUUACAGUUUCUAGGAAUUGCAAGUUAAACUUUCUUCUCCUUAGGGAAUAAACAUGACAUGAUAAAGAGCAUAAUUUUUCUUGGUCACUCUUCAAAACAUGAAACAUGUUAGUGCAGUACGGCAAUUAUUUGUUGAUUUUAUUAUAGUGGUAAAAAAUGCCGCUAUAGAAAGUCACCAGAGUUAUUGGCUGCUGUGACAUCUAUGAAUAACUGGAGCAUUUUGUAAAAUACACUUUACUUUUCUAUGUUCAUUUAUGUGUUCAGGAACUUGUAAUCAGUGAUCCAUGACUUUCUGUUUAAAUGUGAUGAAUGUUCAUCUUCAUCAGACAUAAAAUAGGGACUUUCCUAAACAUAUCCAUACCUAUAGUCAGGGCAACCUUGACAAAAUUUAUGGGACUUGAAACAAAACUGGCUGAGGACUCAAGUUUAUUUUGACACAACACCCGAUGGGGGAGGAUUACCAUGUAAGAUGACAAUUAUUUUAAUAUGCUUUUUAUAUACAUAUAUAUUUACAGCUGGCAACAAUAAAUGUGGAGGGAUUUGAAAGUGAUUGGAGAAUUUAUACGUAUACAUUUGUAAUGUAAUUACUGCUUCUGUCCGUUCCAAAUAGUUUUCAUACACAAACAACUAUCGCCUUACGUGACCGAACAAAACUGCAGAGCCCGAAACAACAGAGGAAAUUAUUAUUCUAAGUCCCGUUGUGUGAGGUGGCCCUCUGAACUUAAACAUUACCAUUUCUUUGAGGACAUAAAAUGCCCUAGCCUUUUUCUUCUUCUGUCCUGUUUGCAUGGUGAAUAAUGAAAGACUUGAAUUGUUGCCAAAGCACUUUGAUUGUAAGUUUCUCUGAUGUUUCAGGUGAAAUUGUAAAGAGUAAACCCAACAUUAGAUCGUUUAGCAUUUCCUGGAUAUAAAGUUGAAGCUAACACAAACUUGAACUCAUGUUUUUCCUAGUGGUGUUAAUGCAGGUACUAGAACCGUCAGCAUAUUUCUGUGGACACUUUAGAAUGAUAAUCGUGGUGGAAUCCAAAUAUGUAACAUCACUAAGGUUGUACUUUUGCAGUAAUAAUAACUGUUGUAUUAAUUUUUUCUCCUGGCUUAUUACAUAAGCUUUUACAGUGUUUGAUUUGAUUAACUGAAUUUUAUACAUUUUUUUCUUACCUGUAGACUUGUCACGUUUCUGUUGUCGGCUUUGUAAGACCUGCAACAUUUGUCAAACACAUAGGGUUUUAUAGUCAAUCCUUGUUUUCUAUAGCAGAGGCGAUAAAAACCCAGUAAAUAAGCUAUAUGAUACUAAGCAGGCAUAAUAGUGAGGCAUGUCUCAGAAACUGUUGGAGUUGUGCAAGCAAGUUGAAAUGCCUGAUUUGUCCCAAUUUACUCAAGUGUCUGAAAGUAAACCCAGCUAUUUUCUGAAUUGAAUUACUUGUUUGCACUCUCUUCAGAUCUGUGAAAGUUUUGAAAUGAUUGUACAGCUACUGUACAUACUGUCCAUUUUUUCAGACAGAGAGGUGUGACCCAUCUUGAUUUCAUUACUGCUGGGAUAGGUUGAACUGGUCAGUGGUGCAGAUGUUUUGUAACAAUUUUUUGCAUCUGUGGAUUAAAAGUAAAACACAAUAUUUUC